GCUUGCUUAGCGUUAUGUAGAGUUUUAAAACGUUUCAAUCCGAAACAACUAACUGUGGCGGCAAUCGACAACAAAUACCGUCACUCGACGCUAACUAUAAUACUAUUGGACAACGGCAGCGCAGUGGUUAGCGCCUUAAGUUACGAACGUUCGGAACCCGAGUUCGAAUCCCGGCGACCCGGAAUCUGAUCUUUCUUCUACGCGUCAAAAAUGGAAGAAAAACAACAGUACUACACCCUAUUAGCGACAUCUACAGCCAACAGCGCUACAAUUAUCACGAACAACACAUAUACACCUCGUAACUAUCGUAGCCACAUCUGCUUUUUUGAUCACUUCUGCCGCUUCUUCAUAAAUAGAUUUCACGAUCUCGUGUCGUUUGCGAAACAAAUUCGUACAUCAGUUCGCCGCUGUCUUUCGCGGAUACAGCAGUGAGAGUGUUUCCUUCGCGACAAUUUGUAGUCUUUUACUUGAGCAACGAUAAACGUGAUCGAACAACGUUAAAAAUCUGGUGUUUGUCAAUGAGUAAAUUCGUUUGAUAAAUGAUCGUGGACCGCAGAAGAUAGUCCAAAGAUAUCAGUGGUUGGAGAACGAAGAAUACUCGAAGAACUUCAUCGAGUCAUUGGGUGAUGAACAAAGAAGAGAAAUUGAAAAUCUGAAAGGAAGAAACGUGUAAACUCGUUUGUCGUCACGAUGAGACUCUUAAUACCGAUAUUUUUGACGAUACUCGCGUGUGGUUGGUGCAGUGGCCUACGAAUUCUCGGCAUGUUUCCGCUCAAUGGAAAAAGUCAUUGGGUGAUGGCGGAACGACUGAUGACGAGCCUAGCGGAACGGGGCCAUCAAGUGGACGUUGUUACUCAUUUCCCUAUGAAGAAUCCACCGCCGAAUUAUAACCAAAUUUCAUUGGAAGGAUCCUUACCGGCGGUGGUAAAUAGCAUGCACAAUGAAAAUAUAACACGCUUUGGACGCAUGAAUGUAAAGAACCUAGUAAAAGUGGCAGGAAAUUCGGUUUGCGAAUUAUUGGCACAUAAGGAAUUGCAAGACAUUCUAAAGAGGUCUAAGGAUCGGUACGACCUUGUCAUAACAGAGCUGUUCGCCGCACCAUGUUACUUGGCGUUCGGCCGUCACCUAAACAAACCCGUGAUUGGUAUAGUCACCUCGGCUUUUCACGAAUGGCUCAGCACCUUGACAGGAAAUCCGAAUAAUCCCUCCUUUAUGCCUGGCCUAUUCUCGUCGUUCGGCCAGCGAAUGACUUUUUGGGAGAGGCUACAUAAUACCUUCCUAACAAACCUAAUAUCAUGGCAGAUGAACUACUAUCUGGACGAGCAGGGUGUUUAUGUGAAAAAGUUCUUUAAUAUAGACGCUGGCAUCCCGGAACUUUAUCAAGAUAUAGCGGCUAUCUUGGUCAAUUCGCAUCAUAGCAUAAACGGAGUCAGGCCGAUGACUACUGGGGUCAUCGAGGUCGGUGGACUACACAUUAAUGAAAAUUCGGAUCCGUUGACACCGGAGCUGAAGAAAUGGCUAGACGAAAGUACACACGGUUGCAUAUUCUUCACGUUUGGAUCGAUGGUGAGGAUCGAGACGUUCCCUAAACCUCUUCUCGAAACUUUCUACAAAGUUUUCGAGAGAAUCGCACCUGUUCGAGUGCUCAUGAAGGUGGCGCAAAAGAAGGACCUGUUACCUGGAUUGCCAAAGAACGUGAUGAUACAAUCCUGGUUCCCUCAAACGACUGUAUUCAAGCACAAAAACGUAAAGGCGUUCAUAACGCACGGAGGUCUAAUGGGUACGCUAGAAGCGAUCUACUUUGGCAUCCCCAUGAUUGGAAUUCCUCUGUUCGGUGAUCAGAUCACGAAUAUGAGAAACGCAGCUAAUAAAAAUAUUGCCGUGAACCUUGGCUCUGUGGAGAAUAUCACAGAGGAGAACCUUUACAGUGCGAUUGAUACGAUCUUGCACGAUGAAACGUAUAGAUCGAGCAUGCAAACAGUAUCGAAGAUAUUCAAAGACAGACCCAUGAGCGCCAUAGACACCGCUGUCUAUUGGGUCGAGUACGUUGCUAGAAACGGAUUCGCUCUGCAAUCACCGGCUAUCCAUCUUAACUGGUGGCAACAGAAUUUGAUCGACGUUUACGGUUUCCUACUCGUCUGUCUGCUGGUUGUUCUCUAUGUCACCGUUCUUCUGGUUAAGAAACUGAAGAACUGUAUAUUUGGAUGUAAACCUUGUAUAGAAAAGCAAACUUCUGAGUCGAAAAAGAAGAAAUAAAUUGCCUUAACGCGUGAGUGUGUGUAGGUGUGAAUGUGUGAAUCUUCUUACGCGUCGUUUAUACUGUAACUAUUUUCUACAUUCCAUUCGAUUUGCCUUUCUCAAGAGAUCUUCCAUAACAGGUAUCUCCGUUAUACAUCUGUGUAAUUUUUGUAAAAUAUUAAAAUAUCGUUCAGAUAUAUAUAAAUAUGUACAUAUAUAUAUUUUACCGUAAUAAUUAUAUUAUUUCUACUUGCACUAUAUCAUUAAUUAAUAAUUAGACGCGUUAGCUUGGA